UUCCCAGAUAAAAAAAAAUCAAGAAAUCUAGAGUGAAAAGAGGAGAGGAAAAAAUGUCAGGGAGAGGCAAAGGAGGAAAGGGACUGGGAAAGGGAGGAGCCAAGAGGCAUCGCAAGGUACUUCGAGAUAACAUUCAGGGCAUCACCAAGCCUGCGAUUCGUCGACUGGCUAGGCGUGGUGGAGUCAAGCGUAUCAGUGGGCUUAUCUAUGAAGAAACCAGAGGUGUCCUCAAGAUCUUCCUGGAGAAUGUGAUUCGUGAUGCAGUCACCUACACAGAGCAUGCUCGCCGCAAGACAGUGACUGCAAUGGAUGUUGUAUAUGCUUUGAAGAGACAGGGCCGUACUUUAUAUGGUUUUGGUGGUUGAUUUAGUGAUUCAUGUACUGGGCUGAUUGGGUUUUAGGUCUUUUAGAUUUGGGUUGUGGAUAGCUGUAUCUCUUGCUACCCAAGUGUCUUGUAUCUAUGUUUUAAUGCUUGAAUGAAUGGCUCUAAAUUUGUGUUUC